CAAAAUUCUCCGUCCACCAAAAACAGCGCGAGAAAUGGCAAAUUUGGCGAUGCAAAAGAGACUUGCUGCUUCCGUCUUGAAGUGCGGAAAGCGCAAGAUUUGGAUGGAUCCUAAUGAGAUUAGUGAGAUCAGCAAUGCCAACAGUCGUCAGAACAUCCGUAAGCUCGUUAAGGACGGUUUGGUUAUUCGCAAGCCCAACUUGAUGCACUCUCGCUUCCGUGUCCGUAAGACUCAAGCUGCCAAGCGUCUCGGUCGCCACACCGGUUACGGUAAGCGUAAGGGUACUGCUGAGGCUCGUAUGCCCUCUUCUGUUGUCUGGAUGCGUCGUCAACGUGUCUUGCGCCGUCUUCUUCGCAAGUACCGUGAGGCCGGAAAGAUUGACAAGCAUCUUUACCACACUCUCUACCUUGAGGCCAAGGGUAACACCUUCAAGCACAAGCGUGCCCUUAUCGAGCACAUCCAACGUGCCAAGGCUGAGGCCAACCGUACCAAGCUUCUUGAGCAACAACAAGAGGCUCGUCGUGCUCGUGCCAAGGCUGCCCGUCAACGCAAGCACAAGGCUGCCGAGGAGAAGCGUCUUCAACAAAUUAACGGAGAUGAGAAUGCCCAAUAAAUUGCUUUUUCCUGAACUUAGUGCUUAAUUGAGUUGUUUUAAGAAAGCUUCGUAGUUGUGUAAUGAUGCUUACAUGCGUUGUCGAGUACUGCAGUCUGAUAGAGAGCCUUGGUUUCGCUAGCGAUGGGCGGUUUCACAAUGUUCGCGUAG